GGCUGAGGGGAGGGGGAUGCUGUCGCGGAAGAAGACGCGCGCCGAGCUCUCCAAACCCGGCGAGGUCCAGGGCAAGUACGUCAUCAAGGAGACCAGCCCGCUGCUCCGCAAUCUUAUGCCUUCUUUCAUCCGUCAUGGUCCAACCAUUCCAAGACGCACGGACAUCUGCCUUCCGGACCUGAGCCCUUCCGCCUACCCUGCCGGCGGGGAUGGAGCCGUUUCCAGGAACCAGAGCUUCCUUCGGACUCCCGUGCAGAGGCCGCCGCACGAGAUCAUGAGGCGGGAGAGCAACCGGCUCUCUGCCCCCUCCUUCCUCGCCCGGGCGGAGGUCCCGCAAGACUACGGCCCGUCCCCCCAGCCCUUUUUGGCAGAAGCCAACCUGGUCACGGAAAACGGAGACGCCGGGUCCCGUUACUAUUACGACCCUUUUUACAGUGGUCAGCGGCGGCACCCGCUGGGGGAUCCCGUGCAGGAGGAAUAUCGAUACUAUGAACAGAACAAUGACCUCUUCCAAAGGAUGUCGCAGAAUCAGGGAAGGCACACGGCAGGCAUUGGCCGGAUAGCUGCUACAUCACUAGGGAACCUGACCAACCACAGUUCAGAAGACUUACCCCUCCCUCCCGGCUGGUCAGUGGACUGGACGCUCAGAGGAAGGAAGUACUACAUUGACCACAACACCAACACAACGCACUGGAGCCACCCGCUGGAGCGCGAGGGGCUGCCUCCGGGAUGGGAGCGCGUGGAGUCGGCCGAGUUUGGCGUCUACUACGUCGACCACAUCAACAAGAGAGCACAGUACAAACACCCCUGUGCCCCCAGCGUUCCCCGUUACGACCAGCCGCCUCCCGUGACGUAUCAGCCACAACAGAGUGAGAGGAGCCAGCCGAUCCUCGUGCCCGCCAACCCGUACCACACAGCAGAGAUCCCGGACUGGCUGCAGGUCUACGCCAGGGCACCCGUCAAGUACGACCACAUCUUGAAGUGGGAGCUCUUCCAGCUGGCCGACCUGGACACCUACCAGGGGAUGCUGAAGCUGCUCUUCAUGAAGGAGCUGGAGCGGAUCGUGAAGCUGUACGAAGCCUACCGCCAGGCCCUCCUCUCGGAGCUGGAGAGCCGUAAGCAGCGGCAGCAGUGGUACGCCCAGCAGCACAGCAAGAACUUCUGAACUCGCUCCCGGCCGCCCGGACCCCGGAGAGACUCGGCAAGGGGAAAGGGUGGCGAAGAAGCCCUUUGGUUGAAGAGGCAGCUCCUUUUGUUCUGGCACCUUUUGUAAUUAAUCUUCUUUGUGUAUCAUGUUUAUUGAAUACAAAAGAGGUUUGUUAUGUUGUAUAGCAAAAGUUAGUUUCUUAUUCCAAGUGGGGGGGGACGGGGGAGUGACAUUUUUUUAAAAGAACAGGGCGUCUUUCAAGCAACCAGCUGUAUCUUCAAGAACACAGAAUAUAUUUUUCAUAAGAUGCAACGUUGUAAGAAACGUCCUGAAUGGAGGAGGGCAUCUUUAGGAACUCCCAGAUCUCUGCGUGUGGCCGAUUCUCCUUCUGUCCCUCCAUUUCAAGGGUCAAGAGACCACGCUUGUGUUAUGGAGAAACUGUAGCAUUUACAACUUAAAAAAAAAAAACGGAACAAGGUUUUCCAGUGCAACUCAGCACUUUGCAGAUGACUGACCUUUUUUGUGUGGUUUGUCACUCAUCUGUGCGGGGCGGUCACAGCGGACACCACAGAGACAAGUGUGAAAACUGUUGCCUUCAUGCGCCUUGCUGCCGACAGCAAGAUCGGGCCUCCAGACGGGAGCCCUCAGUUGGGGCACGCUGGAGGACUGAACUCACGGAGCCUUGGGGUGGGUGGGAAAAACUUAAAUCAGGGACAAUGCAGCACAGAACUCCUUUUUUACAAAGACAUCCUAGAGCACACUUGCCUUUGAGGCUCAGGAUACCUUGUCAAGUGCAUAAACACAACCUGCAUAUCUUCUUUUAGCGGUCCUCUGUAGUUUAGAAUGUAGCAUCCCUCCCCUGUUGAUCUCAGCAAGUGAAUAAACUUUUAAGUUUGUUUCAAUACAGGCGUUGCUGUGAUGUUGCCAGAAUAAAUUCUCUUGAUUUUUUUUGUCUCCCACUGAACCUCAAAGUGUCUUCA